AUGGAUGUCAAAAAUGCCUUCCUCGUUAGUGAUGUUCUUGAGAGAGUCUACAUGCAACCUCCUCCUGGGUCUGCUUAUUCGGCUCAUAAGUUUGAGAUGAAGGAUCUUGGAACUCUUAAUUAUUUCUUAGGGCUUGAAAUCUCUCAUGAUUCCACUGGUUAUUAUUUGUCUCAAGCCAAAUAUACAUCCGAUCUUCUAACACGUGCUGGUCUUACUAAUUGCAAGACUACCUCUACUCUCGUUGAUUCUCAUACUCGUCUUACUCCUAUAGAUGGGGAUUUUCUCUCUGAUGCUACUCUUUAUCGCCAGCUGGUCAGUAGCCUUGUCUAUCCCACUAUGACUCAUCUUGACAUUGUCUAUGCUGUCUAUCUUGUUAGUCAGUAUAUGUUGGCACCCCGCACCCCGUAUUACACUACUCUACUUCAUAUACUUCACUACCUCAAAGGCACUAUGUUCCAUGGACUCUACUACUCUGCUCACUCUUCUCUCAAACUUCGUGCCUUUUCUGAUGCUAAUUGGGCUGGGGAUCCUACUGAUGGACACUUCACCACGGGCUUCUGUUUCUUUUUAGGAGAUUCUCUUCUUACUUGGCACAGCAAGAAGCAGUCUCUCACUGCUCGCUCUAGUACUGAAGCUGAAUACCGUACUCUUGCUGACGUUACUCAGGAACUUUUAUGGCUUCACUGA